AUGGGUUAUAACGCCACAGGCAGAAAUAUCAUUCCAACUGCUGGCUCUGGUGCUUCUGUUGCUGCUGCUGGUGUGAUGGGCGGUUCUGGUGUGAUGGGUGGUGGUGGUGUGAUGGCUGCUAGUGGUUUGAUGGGUGGUGGUGGUGUGAUGGGUGCUAGUGGUGUGAUGGGUGCUAGUGGUGUGAUGGGUGGUGGUGGUGUGAUGGGUGGUGGUGGUGUGAUGGGUGGUGGUGGUGUGAUGGGUGCUAGUGGUGUGAUGGGUGGUUCUAUGGGUGGGGUAACGGGGGGUGGUUUGGGGGGUGGUAUGGGAGGGGUUAUGGGGACACAGGGAAUGGCAGGGAUGGGAGCAGGGGUGAUGGGAGCAGGAGGAGGGGGAGGAGCGGGACGAAUGGGGGUUAUGGGGGUAGGCGGAAUGGGAGGGGCAGGAGGGGGAGUAAUAAGAGGGGGGGUGAUGGGAGGGGGAGUGAUGGGAGGGGGAGUGAUGGGAGGGGGAGUGAUGGGAGGAGGAGUGAUGGGAGGGGGAUUGAUGGGAGGAGGAGUAUUGGGUGGGGCAGGCGCAGGGGUUAUGGGGGCAGAAAGAAUGGGAGAUGCGGCAGGAGCAGAGGUGGAAGGAGAGGCAGAAGAAGCAAUAGAGAGUAGACGAGUGAAGGGGAGGGCAUGGGAGGAGGGGAAUGUAAAAAGCAGUGCAAUGGGGAAGAGUGGAAGAGGGGGCAGCCCAGCAGAUGCGGCAGGAGCAGAGGUGGAAGGAGAGACAGAAGAAGCAGCAGAGAAUAGACGAGUGAAGAGAAUGAAGGGGAGUGUUAAGGGAGAGCAUCAGAGUAGAGAGAAAAGCAGUGCAAUGGGGAAGAGUGAAGGGUGGGGAGCUCAGCAGAUGCAGCAGGAGCAGAGGUGGAAGGAAAGGCAGAAGAAGCAGCAGAAUGUGGACGAGUGA